AUGAGGGAUAACAUGACUUAUCCUGUGAUACUGACACUUAUGGUGCCCAAAGACACUAAAUCAUAUAGGCACAUGUAUUUUAUUUGUUUUCUUGCUGUAUAUCUCUUUAUAUUGGCAAUUAAUAUUCGUCUUGCUAUGGUCAUUAUCAUGGAGAAAGCACUUCAUGCACCAAUGUACAUAUUCUUGUGUCAUAUGUGUAUAAAUGGGGUUUAUGGAGCCUCAGGAUUCUACCUUAAAAUUCUGUCUGAUUUAAUAUUGGAUUCAUAUGUGAUCUCCCCAGACAUGUGUACUGUGCAAGCCUUUGUUAUCUACAGCUCUUUACUUUCUGAGAUCACAAUAUUAACAGUGAUGGCUUAUGAUAGAUUUGUAGCCAUAUGUAAACCUUUAGACUAUCAUUCCAAAUUAACUACAAACACCUGUGUGAAAUUAAUUCUGUUCUCAUGGCUGUUUCCAUACUCCUUUAUAGCUUUACCAAUCCUGUUAGCAAAGUUGAGGCCCUUUUGUAAAUAUCACAUUGACAAAUUCUAUUGUGACACCUGGUCAAUUGUAAAACUGUCUUGUGAAUCAAGUUUUGUUAACAACGUCAUUGGAUAUGUCCUGAUUGUCACAUUUAAUAUCUUUAUAGUUUUUAUCAUAGUGUCCUACAUCAAACUGAUCUCUGCAUGUAAAGCAUCUUUAGAAAACAGAAGGAAAUUCUGGCAAACAUGUCUCCCACACCUAUUUUCACUUAUAAAUUUCACUAUUGCUUUGCUGUUUGAUGUUAUGUAUAGCAGAUAUGGUGCAAAUGACAUUCCAGAGAGUCUGCGUAAUUUUUUGGCUCUAGAACUGCUGAUAGUCCCACCGGUGUUCAAUCCUCUAAUCUAUGGGUUAAAUAUUAAAGCAGUGCGCACAAGAAUUUUCCCUUCAUGUGUUCCAUCAAGAGUAAAUGUUUCUCCAAAAAUCUAA